AUGAGGAAACUAGCAGGCUCAUUAGGACAAACCUUUCUCCUGCUGACCCUCUUUGUUCUCCUCAUAAUCCAGGAAGUACACAAGCAGCCUGUGAUCGACAAGCUGCAUGACAGCCUACGUCUGGCCACCAAUGGACUCAAUCGAACACGUCCUACGAUGAACAUCUCGAGUGAACCAGUUCAACCAUCGUCCUCCACCUUUAGCUCCAAGCUGCCAUUUCUCACCUCGACUUUGAUGCAAGCCGGAGCCCAGCGAUUUGAGGAAGCCAAUCGCUUGACUCCGAGGCCCCUCCGUGCUGACACCGCAACGCAGGUGCUCCAGAUCGACUGCAAAGACAGAGUAGCGAACCGUGAUGCAUUCAACACGGCUAGAGACUACGUCCACUCAAUCAUGAACUGUAGUGACGGGGAUGUGUCACAGCUGGAAUGCUCUCCGUUGAACGCCAGCAGAUACCUCGGGCUUCACGAUCCCACCUUGUCCGCCCAGAACCCGAGAUUUUUCUUUGCCAUGAACCUUCAUCAGUCGGUACACAUUAUUGCACAGCUGCUUGGAGCCAUUUUUGAGGUCGUUCGGUUUCUCGGUCCCGAAGCCUGCGUCAUCUCUGUGGUCGAGGGCCGAUCAACAGACGGGACGUUCGAGAUCUUGAAGAGCUUGGCAAAAGAGAUGGAACAUCUUGGAGUGUCCUACUUCCUGUCUUGUAAUGAGCUGGAGCCCGGCGGAGAAGGGAUGGAACGUAUCUCCACUCUUGCUGAACUGCGGAACAGAGCUCUCUGGCCUUUGACCCAACAUGCACAAUCGUAUGAUCCAUCAACCACGAUUAUCUUCCUGAACGACAUUGCACCAUGUGCGGAGGACAUCUUGGAACUGAUCUAUCAGCGAACGCUGCUGAAAGCAGACAUGACUUGCGGGAUGGAUUGGUACAAUCUGGACGACGAAGGCGGCACCUUCUACGACUCAUGGAUCGGAAGACAGAUGAACGGGGAGCUCUUCUUCGAGGUACCUCAGAGCACGUCAUGGGAUUUCUCCAAGAAUCUCUUCUGGAACCAUGAGACAAGCAAGUCACGAUACUCGCUGGGGCAGCCCGUACAAGUAUUCUCUUGUUGGAACGGCGCCGUGGCUCUCACUGCCAAACCUUUCUUGGAGGGUAAGAUCCGGUUCAGGACUGAAGUGGAGGACGAGUGCCACCUUGGAGAACCGGUCCACCUGGCCAAGGAUCUGUGGAAGCUCGGCCUUGGAAAGAUCGCUGUCAUCCCCAGUGUCAACGUUGGGUAUUCGGUGGACGACACGAGAAAAGCCAAAGAAGCGCAUGGUUGGGUGGCAUCUGUGGCAUCUAAAGCACCUGAUGAGUUGGGCAAGAUUGACUGGCAACGAAAGCCACCAGGUCAGAUCAAAUGCUUGAGUGCCUGGAAUCGUCCCUCGUGGGAGCCUUUCGAGCUGGACGAAUGA